AUGGUUUUCAAGACACCAAAGGCAUUCGCCAUCUGCUCGAGCAACAACGUCCUGAGCCUCUUCGCCGUCCCCGCACACCACACAUCGAUAACGUCACCACCCAGGCGACGUCCGUCCUCUCCAAAGCAAACGGCCUCACGAUGCUACGCGACGGUCAACCACAACUCCAAUCCUCAAAAUGAACCCUUGAAGCCACACAAUUCGGGCAAACCCAUCAGCCCUUCCUGGCCGACCUGUGCAAACCCCACCCCCUACGACAUCUUCGACAUCGACAAAGCCGCCCCCUACACCAAAUCCCGCUUCGCCGAGCUCGUGAAACAGUACCACCCGGACAAGCACCAUGCCUCGGCUCUCGACUCGCUCCCGUCACAAACCCGCCUCGAGCGGUACCGCCUCAUCGUCCUUGCCAAUGAGAUCCUCAGCUCACCCGACAAGCGCCGCGCCUACGACUCCUUUGGCGCCCACUGGCACUUGCCAGGCACCGGUAUAGAAGACACCCGGGACAUCCACGAGGUCUACCGCCAGGCCGACAAGGCGUGGCGUCACAACGGGAACAACCCGGCCAUGAACGCCACCUGGGAGGAUUGGGAGCGCUGGCAUCACCGCCAGGCCAACGGCGAGCGGCAGAAGCCAAUGUACAUGUCCAACGCCAGCUUCGCGGCGCUGGUGCUCGCCGCAUUGGCCGUGGGGACGGUGGUCCAGACGACGCGGAUGGAAAACUCGUCGGCCUACAUCUUGGACAAGAAGCACGCGCACGAGGCCAACAUCAGCGAGGCGUUGAGGAGACAGGGCGAGGCCACGGCCGGCAAGGGACGGGAGGAGCGGAUUGAACGGUUUUUGCGGGAGAGGGAGAAUAUCAACUUCGGAUUCAUGCCGAGCAAGCUUGACGUGCGGCCGGCGCCGAGCACGAAAUAA